ACUUUUAUCAGCUGUUGUCUGACAGACAUUCCUGCCAACCAUUAAAUCAGAAUUGUUAAUUGUAAAGUCUAGAAGCGAUCGAUAACCUAAAACAUGGAGUUCAAAGUUUUGUUUCGCAAUUUUUGAAAAAGUCGUCCCUAUUUCCAAAUCGAAAUUUCCAGUAAUAGCCCAAAAAUGCAGAACGUGAUCAACAGUGUGAAAGGUACAGCCCUUGGUGUUGCCGAAUAUCUAACCCCAGUUUUAAAGGAAUCGAAAUUUAGAGAAACUGGGGUUCUAACCCCUGAAGAAUUCGUUGCGGCUGGUGACCACCUCGUGCACCAUUGCCCCACUUGGCAAUGGGCAGCUGGGGAUGAAAGCAAAGCUAAACCCUACUUACCUAAAGACAAGCAGUUUCUGGUCACAAGAAAUGUACCGUGCACGCGUAGGUGCGAACAAAUGGAAUACUCUGAAGAUUUGGAACGAAUUAUUGAAUCAGAUGAUGCUGAUAAUGGUUGGGUUGACACCCAUCACUACGAUCAAGACCAAACAACGGCCGUUGUUGAAGAGAAAAUUUCGGAAAUGACUCUCAGCAACUCCAAGGGGGAGAGUAUGGAAGAAGCAGCUCUAAAUGAUGAGGAAAACGACGAUGAGGACGAUGAUGAUGAUGAGGCCGCAGAUAUGGAAGCUUUUGAAGAGAGCGGAAUGCUAGAUGAUGCACAGGCGACUACAGUGAUUCAGCCAAAAGUAACAGCUAAAAAAGAAUUGGAUGAAGAUGGUGAAAUAAUCCACACACGCACAUAUGAUUUGCAUAUUACUUAUGAUAAGUAUUACCAAACUCCGAGAUUGUGGCUUACUGGUUACAAUGAGCAUCACAAACCCCUCACUGUUGAAGAGUUGUAUCAGGAUGUGAGCAAAGAUUACGCGAUGAAAACCGUUACAAUGGAGACGCAUCCGCAUCUAAGUGUACCCAAAAUGGCCUCAGUCCAUCCCUGCAGACACGCUGAGGUCAUGAAGAGCAUCAUCGAGACUGUAACUGAAGGCGGCGGUGAGUUAGGAGUCCACAUGUACCUAAUAAUAUUCCUCAAAUUCAUGCAAUCGGUCAUCCCAACUAUAGAAUACGAUUAUACUCAAAACUUCACGAUGUAAAGGGAGUUGUUAGCUUCAAUUUACUCACUGUGCUUUGUAUUGUUAUGUUUAUUAUUAAAUCGGCGGUUUUUUUAAUUAUAUUUUUCUAUUAAAAUGCUUGUGUAAUAAAUAUACAUCUUCAAAAUAAA